CGUGUCGUGAGUGAUUCACAGGAUUUGAACACCGCACUUUUUCUUUGUUAUCUAUUUAACAGAUUAGAUUUUAAAGUGCUGACGAGUACAGAAUUUACAUUUUGAUUAGUUAAAAGGAAUACAAAAUGGACGAAGAAAGAAGGGAAUCGUUUCCUCUUCACAGAGCCGUUGAGUAUAGAAUUAUACAGAAGAUAAAUAUCCUACUGCCAAAGACUCAAGACAUUAACAAGAAAAACGACAAGGGCUACUCGGUGUUUCUCAUAGCAUGCGAAUUGCAGGAUUACGAUGAGAUCUUGGAUAUACUGCUAACUCGUAAGGACAUUGACCUAACAGUGAAGAACAAUGAUGGAUUUGCUGCGUUGCAUAUCCUUGCUUACAAGGGCAACUUCAGAGGUAUAGUCAAGGUACUGAAAGCAUUUCCAGAUGUCGAUAUUGACAUGAAAAACAACAAGGGCAACACGCCACUUAUGAUAGCUUGUAAAAUGAACUAUAUGAGAGUCAUCGAAUAUUUAUUAGCUAAAGGAGCGGAUGUAACAAUCGAAAAUGAGAAAAAAUAUACUGCAUUACACUAUGCCGCCAACAACGGGUAUACAGAAUGUGUUGAGUUGCUAAUUGAAAAUGGUAGCAAUGUAAACGCCACCGACGAUUAUGGCCUCACCCCUUUAAUGAAAGCCAGCAAAUGGGGAUUCACAGAGACCUGUGAAAUCCUCCUAAAACACGGCGCAAAUGUUAACUACAACUGCAAAUACAUGACUCCUUUAAGUUCAUCUUGUUACAACGACACCGUGGAGCUGAUGAGGUUGCUGAUUGCACACAAAGCCAACGUUGACUUUCCCGGAUCGUAUUCCAGCGCCCUGAUCUCGUGUGCCAGACUGGGAAGCUACGAGUGUGCCAAAGAACUGAUAAAGGCCAGAGUGAAGGUGCAUGGCAAGAUGAAUAAUGGAAAGGCGGCAGUGGACAUCGCUAGAGAGAACGGACAUAUGGAACUCGUCGCUCUCUUGUCGAGAUAUGACACAUUUUACUGAUUUUUAGAAGUCCGUUACUUACAUUAAAGAAUUACUAUAAUCUUAUUUCACAUCUUUAAAAAUUAAUCUCACAUACAUAAUUAAUCAAACUUUUAUAUUUUACUAUAUGUAUAUAUAAUAUAUACUAUAAUAUUACAUAUAAUUUUUUUAAUUUACAGCUCAGCAGAAUGUUCAUAAAAGGGGAAACUAAUUAAGGG